CCGGCCUCCGCCGUGACAUAGGAAAUAAAAUAAUGCUAAUGAAGCAACCAUUUCCCUGAAGUUUGAGUUUUCAGGCUCACUGCCAUAAUGGAUGAGCAGCAAGCUUUGAAUUCAAUCAUGCAGGAUUUGGCUGUGCUUCAUAAGGCCAGUCGUCCUGUAUUGCCCCAGCAAGAAGCAGGAAAACCAAAGUCAUCUUCACCUAAAAAACAGAAUGAUGUUAGAGUCAAAUUUGAACAUCGAGGUGAAAAAAGGAUCCUGCAGUUACCAAGGCCUGUUAAACUUGAAGAUCUUGCAGCUAAAGCUAAAGUUGCUUUUGGACAGACUAUGGAUUUACAUUACAGCAAUAAUGAGCUUGUAAUUCCAUUAACCACACAGGAUGACCUGGACAAAGCUGUUGAACUACUUGACCGUAGUGUACAUAUGAAGAGUCUCAAGAUACUGCUUGUAAUACAUGGAAAUACACAGUCACCCAGUGUAAAUAACGUGGAGCCCUUGCCCUCACUGGAAGAUUUAGAUAAUACAGUGUUUGGUGUGACAGACAGAAAAAGGCGACUGUCUGUAAUAGGUUCCAAUACUCGUGAUAGGAGUUCCCCUCCCCCAGGAUACAUUCCAGAUGAGCUGCAUCAGGUGGCUCGAAAUGGAUCCUUCACCAGUAUCAACAGUGAGGGUGAAUUCAUUCCAGAAAGUAUGGAUCAGAUGCUGGAUCCGUUGUCUUUGAGCAGUCCUGAAAACUCUGGCUCAGGAAGCUGUCCCUCGCUUGACAGCCCGUUAGAUGGGGACAACUAUCCCAAGUCUCGGAUGCCAAGAGCACAGAGCUAUCCAGAUAACCAUCAGGAAUUCUCAGUAGAGUAUGAUAUCCCAAUAUUUGAGAAAUUUGGAAAAGGGGGGACUUAUCCCAGAAGAUACCAUAUUUCAUAUCACCAACAAGACUACAAUGAUGGUCGUAAAACCUUUCCAAGAGCCAGAAGGACUCAGGGGAACAACUUCCGAUCACCAGUCAGUUUCAGUCCCACUGAUCACUCGCUGAGCACCAGCAGUGGGAGCAGCGUCUUCACGCCGGAAUACGAAGAUAACCGAAUGAGGAGGAGGGGCAGUGACAUAGACAAUCCUACCUUGUCAGUCAUGGACAUCAGCCCACCCAGCCGCUCACCACGAGCUCCAACUAACUGGAGACUUGGUAAACUGCUGGGUCAAGGUGCGUUUGGCAGAGUAUAUCUGUGUUACGAUGCUGAUACUGGAAGAGAACUGGCUGUUAAACAAGUUCAGUUUGAUCCCGAUAGUCCGGAAACCAGCAAGGAAGUAAAUGCACUUGAGUGUGAGAUUCAGUUGCUGAAAAAUCUGCUGCAUGAAAGAAUUGUUCAGUAUUACGGCUUCUUGAGAGAUCCACCAGAAAGGACACUCUCAAUAUUCAUGGAGUACAUGCCUGGGGGUUCCAUCAAAGACCAAUUGAAAUCGUAUGGAGCACUCACAGAGAAUGUGACUCGUAAAUACACUCGGCAGAUUUUGGAAGGAGUUCACUAUUUGCACAGUAAUAUGAUUGUCCAUCGAGAUAUUAAAGGAGCAAAUAUUCUGCGGGAUUCAGCAGGCAAUGUGAAGCUUGGUGACUUCGGUGCCAGCAAAAGACUGCAGACUAUCUGUCUCUCUGGUACGGGAAUGAAGUCUGUCACAGGAACUCCCUACUGGAUGAGUCCUGAAGUUAUUAGUGGAGAAGGGUACGGCAGAAAAGCAGACAUCUGGAGCGUAGGUUGCACAGUGGUAGAAAUGCUCACUGAGAAGCCCCCAUGGGCGGAGUUCGAAGCCAUGGCUGCCAUCUUUAAAAUUGCCACUCAGCCAACCAACCCCCAGCUCCCUCCCCACGUCUCCGACCACGCUCGGGAUUUCUUGAAACGGAUUUUUAUCGAGGCCAAGCUGCGACCGUUUGCAGACGAACUGCUAAGACACACGUUUGCACACUAUCACUAACACCUGCCUCAACUCAGCUUGCAUCUACUGCAUUUAUUUUCUAUUUGACUGCACUUUUCUUUUUUAUUUUUUACAAAGAAAAAGGAGAAAAAAGACAAGAGAGAGAAUAUUCUCUUGAAUCUUUGUUUCACUUAGAUUGUAAACAAUCUAGAUUUUGUAUCUAAAAUGAGAAUCUUCUCUCCCCACCUCCCACCAGGACUAGAACGUUUUGUUUCUAUAAUGUGCUGAUGUGGUUGAUGUAGAUAAAGCACUUUAGUACAUAUUUGUUCCUUAUUUAAAGAGGAAAAAAAUUACAAAUGUUUGGACAGUCAGGAACUGUUGUGACUUUUUCUGACACCGCUGACUGACUCAGGGUGCAGGGAAAAAUAGACAUGCAGCUAAAGGACAAGAAGGUUAGUUCUAUGUGAUUCUUAUCUAUAUUGUAGGUACUUGCAGCAGAGAGUUCUAAGUUCUUACUGUAUUUUACCAUUUAAUCAGUUUCUGGAAUUUACAGUUUAAGCAGGAAUGUACAGUUCUGAGAGAUAAUUGAUGAAGCUGGAAGAACUUGGAACUCUUUGUGCAGCAGCAUGUCUAGCUGGUACUUCUAUGUGACCAAAAGAAAACAACAAAAACGAGCUCGAAACUGAUGUACUAGUUAGAGGUUUUGGUGUAGAUUUAUUGUAUUAUCUUAACAGGAAAAUAAUUACAGGUAAACAGAUGGGCCCAGACUUCUAGAAACUACUAUACUGCAAAGGGGAAAUUUUCCAUGCUAGGCAGGGGUUACCUAUUGGAUGUACAUAGUUAGGAGAACGCCUCCUGCUCUAUCUGCCAAAGAGAACCUCUGUUGCAUAAGCUUUGAGGGAGACAGUAAUCUUAGCUGAUGAAAAAUACUGAUGUUGAGGGUCAGUUCUCUUCCACAGUCCCAUGAAUGGCUGCAGGGGAUAGGGAGUGACUAAUCCUUGUGCAGUAUAUGAGUUACUGGAUUCAGAAUGAGCUGUAAGAAGUGUUUUCAAAGCUGUUGUGAGGCGCUAGGAUGGAAUGUAUGUCAACAUCAAGUGCCUGAACAAUAUAAAAUUCUUCCUAGUCUGCACUAAAAAAGAUUGGUUUAGUAAUGCAGGUCAGUCAUCUAGGAUGUGUUGAAAAUUCCUGAAAUAAAGUCAAACAUCUCUUCACAUCAGGAAUGAGACACGGAGAAAGCUAAGACUCCAGUUAUAUUUUUAAUAAGGUUGCACUGAUGAAUCCUAUGAAGAAGGAGGCACAGCACAGAAAAUUGUACAAAGAACAGGCCAAAAGUGCAGAGAGAGACAGCAAUUAAAUAACAUGAGUGUGAUUAUUCCAGCCUGAUAAUCCAGAUGGGUGUUUGUCAGAUUUCCAACUGUCAUAAAGUGUACGUUAAUUACUUUUUCUAUUUCUGAAAGUGCAUAAUAAAAUAAGUAAAAAUCUGAAAUACUGCUUCUCAGUUGAGAAGCCCAGAUGUACUGAUCAGGUGUAGUGAAUAACUGACUUUUCACAACAGAAAAGUCAGAGUCUCAUAUUUUUGUAGAAGAACAGAACAUAAUUUAAAGGGGCAUUUGGAAAUAAACUAUUGGACAACAGAACUGAAA